UUCGCAAAAAAUCAACAAAAGAAAAUAAUAAAAAACCUGCAACAAAAACUCUAAAACUAAACAGAAAAAAAAAACCAUCACUUCAUCUCCUACUUGAACGACUCUCUGACUCGACACUCGAUUGAAAACAAACAAGAAACAGAGCUCAUAUCCAAUCCAUACACACCAACCACCAUACAUCCUGUGCAAAGAGUCCUCCUGUCACAACCCAAAAGCCUGCCCAAAAGCCUCAAGAAAUUACCAAAAAAAAAACAAACAAAAGAAACAACUAUACAAAUAAUCGACAAAUCAUCAAACCACUAAACGAAACGGGCCAAGAAAAUUAAUUAAUUAAACAACAACCAAAAAGAAAAGGAAAAAACAAGUGCAAAAAAAAACCAUAAAACAAAAACAAGAAAAACAGAAGCAGCAGAAGAAAUAUUUUAAUCAACAUUUGUUGCCAAUAAAAUCUGUCAUCAUUGCCGCGUUAACAGAAACCACGGCGUCAGCAGCGAUUGCAGCGCUAAGUAUCAGCAGCAGCUCUCAAGCAUCGCUAGCCGUUAACGCCGCCAAUACCAAUUCCAACACACCUUUAACCACCGCACCGCCGGUGGCUCCUCCAUCAGCGUCUCCAGCAGCAGUUGGAGUCGCCUCUGCGCCUGCAUCUGCCACCGCACCAGCAGCAGCAACAGCAGUGUCGCCGCUAACGGUAAAGAGCGAAAUCGCCACAUCCGAUUCAGCAGCCGAGUCCGAGUCCUCCCCUAUACAAGAUUUAAUCAUGCAAAUGCAAUUGUUGCACGCACCGCCGUCCACGCAUCCGCAUCCACAUCCGCAUCUGCAGCAUCCGGCGGCAGCCGCGACUGCAGCCACCUAUCAGGCCUACCCCACGCCGGCCAUGCAGACCAGCGUAGUUGCCGUCCACCAGCAGCAUCAACAGCAGCAACAGCAACACCAUCACCACCACCACCAACAGCAGCAACAGCAGCAGCAGCAGCAGCAGGCGGCCGUCUUCCAUCAGCAGGUGGCAGUAGCCCAGGCACAGGCACAGCAUCAACAACAGCUCCAGCAGCAGUUCCACUACCAAGCUCAGGCCCAAGCUCAAGCCCAGGCGCAAGCCCAAGCCCAGGCAAUGCUGCAGACGUACAUGCAACUGCAGGUGAACAAUGUGAGUGUGGCCGCUGCACCGGCCACGCCGACCAAGUACCAUCAAGCGGGUACCACAGCUGUGGGUCCGCCGGUUGGAGCGGCGGCGGCGGCAGCACCACAGUUCUUUGCCGCACCGAGCACACCGCUCACGAUCAUACCGGCUGGGGCAGCGGCAGUGGCCGCCUCGGCCAUGUUUGCCACGGCCGCCACGCCCACAUCCGCAGCAACCACACCGACCAACAAUGUAAAUAAUACAGUUAAUCUAUCAGCCGUAACUAGAACUACUACCACUACUACUAAGCAGCCGUCUGCAUCUGCGGCUGCUGCCAUCUUGGGCGGCGGCCUUGGCCUUGGCCCCGGCUAUGGCGGCGGACUGAUGGGCCCCGGUUGUGGUGGUGCAUCCGUGCCCUUGCUCUCGUUGCUGGGCCCGGGACCACCACUACAAAGAGCAUCGCCAUCGCCAUCAGUGUCGCCGUCAUCAGCGGGCGGGGCGUUGGGCCGUGCCGCCAUGGGAUGCAGCAGCGCCAGCAGCGGCUGCAGUUCUGCAUCUUCUGAUUGUUCUAUGCCAUCGCCAACUUCACUACACUUAUCUUCUCCUAAAAAGGUAAGGAUCGAUGAACAAUUUAUAUAUAAGCUGAACUAUUUGGUGAGUUAUCCGCAAGAUGAUGAUCAUGUUGUUGAUGAUGGCCAAAUGCCGCUUCAAUUACGCGGAAGCGACGAACUUUUGAGUCAAGCAGCAGUCAUGGCGCCCGCUUCCGACAAUAAUAAUCAGGACCUGGCCACAAAGAAGGCCAAGCUGGAACCGAGCACCGUGCUGGCCGGCGGAAUUGCCAAGGCCUCGAAAGUCAUCCACUUGCGGAACAUUCCAAACGAGUCCGGUGAAUCGGAUGUGAUUGCCCUGGGCGUGCCAUUUGGUCGUGUGACAAACGUUCUCGUGCUGAAGGGCAAGAACCAAGCGUUCAUCGAAAUGGCCGACGAGAUGGCCGCCACAUCGAUGGUGUCCUGCUACACAGUGAAUCCGCCACAAAUGCGUGGGCGCAUGGUCUACGUACAGUUCUCCAAUCAUCGCGAACUCAAAACGGAUCAGAGUCAUAAUAACUCGGUGGGGCAGAGCGACUACCGCAUUCAGUCGCCGGCCGGCGGCUCGCCGUUGCCCCUGUGCGCGGCCAAUGCCACCAGCAACAAUGCCAACAACUCCGGCGACAGCAACAGCAGUGCCGUGGGCAUUUUGCAGAACAACACCAGUGCGGUGAAUGCCGGCAAUAAUACCAAUGCCGCCGGCGGACCCAACACGGUGCUCCGUGUGAUUGUCGAGUCGCUGAUGUACCCGGUAUCGCUGGACAUAUUGCAUCAGAUAUUCCAGCGGUACGGCAAGGUGCUGAAGAUUGUCACCUUCACCAAAAACAAUUCAUUCCAGGCCCUCAUCCAAUAUCCGGAUGCCAAUUCCGCCCAGCAUGCCAAGUCCCUGCUGGACGGGCAGAACAUCUACAACGGGUGCUGCACACUGCGCAUUGACAACAGCAAGCUGACGGCCCUGAAUGUGAAGUACAACAAUGACAAGUCGCGCGACUUUACGAAUCCGGCGCUGCCACCGGGCGAGCCGGGCGUCGAUCUGAUGCCCACCGCUGGCGGACUGAUGAACACCAACGAUCUGCUAUUGAUUGCCGCCCGCCAGCGGCCCUCCCUAACAGGUGAUAAAAUAGUCAAUGGAUUGGGUGCUCCUGGUGUACUGCCACCGUUCGCUUUGGGCCUGGGCACACAGCUCACCGGCGGCUACAGCAACGCCCUGCCCAAUCUGGCCGCCUUCUCGCUGGCCAACAGCGGGGCCCUGCAGACCACACCACCGGCCAUGCGCGGCUACUCGAAUGUAUUGCUCGUCUCGAAUUUAAAUGAGGAGAUGGUCACGCCUGAUGCUCUCUUUACCCUCUUUGGUGUAUACGGCGAUGUGCAACGUGUAAAGAUCUUGUACAACAAAAAGGACUCGGCACUCAUACAGAUGGCGGAGCCCCAGCAAGCAUACUUAGCCAUGUCUCACCUUGAUAAAUUACGUUUAUGGGGCAAGCCGAUACGUGUCAUGGCCAGCAAACAUCAGGCCGUGCAGCUGCCGAAGGAGGGACAGCCGGACGCGGGCCUGACACGUGACUACUCGCAGAAUCCGUUGCACCGCUUCAAGAAGCCCGGCAGCAAGAACUACCAGAACAUCUAUCCGCCAUCGGCGACACUGCAUUUAAGUAACAUUCCCUCAUCCUGCUCCGAGGAUGACAUCAAAGAAGCCUUCACCUCAAACACUUUCGAAGUCAAAGCAUUCAAAUUUUUCCCCAAGGACCGCAAAAUGGCGCUGCUGCAGCUGUCGUCCGUGGAGGAGGCCGUCCUGGCACUAAUCAAAAUGCACAACCACCAGCUGUCCGAGUCCAACCAUUUGCGCGUGAGCUUCUCCAAGUCGAACAUCUAGAAUCCGAUUCGUGGUCAGGUUUACUGAACCUGACUGGGUGCCGGCAGCAGCUAUGUGCACCACCACCACCAGCUACAAGUCUAUUGGCAGC